AUGUUGUUAGCUACACUGUCCUAUACCACCCAAAUGGAUAUUCCAAAACGCUCCCCUUCCUUAUUCAUAUUGAUUAUCUUCAUAACUACAUAUUCAUCAAAUGCGGGCACAAACAACAACAUUCCAGUUCCAGAUGGUCCAUCACUACCAACAUAUGCGUCUAAUCCUUAUGCAAAAAAAACUGUUCAAAUCAUCAACGAAAUUGGUAGUACAAUAUCGUAUCAUUGUAAAUCAAAAGACGAUGAUUUUGGUGAAAGAAGUUUGCUAGUGGAUAGCUCGUGGUCUUUUAGUUUCCGGCGUCAGAUAUUUGGAAGGUCAUUAUUUUUCUGUUAUUUUGUAUUGCCAAAUAUUGGAAGGUAUUGGUUCGACAUAUAUAAAGAGCCCCGAGAUAGUUCCGGCGAAUUCUGGUGCAAUAAUUGUGUGUGGGAGAUAAGAUCGCACGGACCUUGUAGACAUAACAAGAUAACUAAUCAUUUUGAUCUUUGUUAUCCAUGGAAUAAAAAUAAGUCCUUGUAA